UUGUCUGUCCCCCUGCUUUAGUGCCAACAAAAUGCAGAAGCAAGUGGAAGUCAGGAUGCAUGAAAGCCAUUUGGAGCCAAUAGUUGACGCACCCGAGCCUCCAUGUUGGGGAAUAUGUGAUAAAAUUAUGAAGAACAUGGUUCUGACGCUCACCAUACUUGGUGUGUUCCUGGGUUCCAUUGCUGGGAUGCUGCUGCGACAUAUAUCACCACUCCCCCCUGACGUUAUAAUGAUUAUCAGCUUCCCAGGAGAAAUUCUUAUGAGGAUGCUGAAGAUGCUUAUUUUGCCUCUGGUUGUUUCCAGUCUGGUCACAGGACUUGCUGGUUUGGAUGCCAAGUCCAGUGGUCGGUUAGGCACCAGGGCCAUGGUUUACUACAUGUCCACAACAGUGAUAGCUGCUAUUUUGGGGGUGAUCCUGGUGCUGCUUAUCCAUCCAGGGAACCCAAAACUGAGAGCAAAUCUUGGACACGGCAAGAAGAAUGAUGAGGUUUCCAGUAUUGAUGCUUUCUUUGAUCUCAUUCGAAAUCUCGUUCCUGAGAACUUGGUGCAGGCCUGCUUCCAACAGAUCCAAACCGUAUCAAAUAAAGUGCCAGUGCCUACUAACAGGACCAAAGCACCACCACAGUUCACGGUCAAGCGGUCGCUUCAGUUCAAGAGUGGAAUGAAUGUCCUCGGUUUGAUUGGGUUUUUUGUUGCUUUUGGAAUCAUCAUGGGGAAAAUGGGAGAGAAGGCCAAACUGAUGUUGGAGUUUUUUAAUGUAUUGAAUGAGAUUGUUAUGAGGCUGGUCAGCGCAAUCAUGUGGUACUCACCUAUUGGUAUCGCCUGCCUAAUCUGUGGGAAGAUCAUCUCAAUUGCUGAUUUAGAGGUGGUUGCAAGACAACUGGGGAUGUAUAUGGUGACCGUGAUAGUGGGCCUCAUCAUUCACGGUGGCAUUUUUCUGCCACUAAUAUAUUUUAUCAUAGUCAGGGACAACCCCUUCACGUUCUUCAUGGGUAUUUUCCAGGCUUGGGUCACAGCGCUUGGAACAGCAUCCAGUGCUGGUACCUUGCCUGUCACAUUCCGUUGCUUAGAAGAGAACUUGGGCAUCGACAAAAGAGUUACACGUUUUGUGCUCCCAGUUGGCGCCACCAUCAACAUGGACGGCACAGCUCUUUAUGAAGCUGUGGCAGCUAUCUUCAUAGCUCAGAUGAAUGGCAUUGACCUUGACUGGGGCCAGAUUGUAACUGUAAGUAUGACAGCCACCUUGGCCAGCGUUGGAGCAGCCAGUAUCCCGAGUGCUGGACUGGUUACCAUGCUUCUGAUUCUUACAGCGGUCGGGUUGCCCACCCAGGAUAUUAGCCUGCUGGUAGCAGUUGACUGGCUGCUUGAUCGAUUCCGUACCUCUGUCAAUGUGGUAGGGGACUCUUAUGGAGCAGGUAUUGUGUACCACCUUUCCAAAGAUGAGCUUGACACCUUCGAUGCCCAACAGACCCGGGCUGAUGAUUUUGAGAUGGCAAAGACACAAUCCUACUUUGAAAAUAACAGCAACCAGAAUGUAUACGCAACACACCACAACUCAAUCUUGAUAGACGACUGCAAGGUUACCAUGGGCAGAAAUGGCAAGACAUCAGAUUUCUCUCUUGUUGAGGAGGAACCUUGGAAAUGCGAGUAA